AUGUCUACCAUCGUCGGGAAUAAAUGCAACGAUACAACCCUUACUGGCAUUGCCGCCAUUUUGAACCCUUUGGACAAUACUGAGGUCCUCGAGUUUUAUACCACUGCCUACCGCAACCUUGGUAUGAAGACCGAGGUCACGAACAAUUUGACUUCUGAAGGCCUUAAGCUUGCGGAAUACCAACAACCAACUCCGGGAGUCGGUUGGGAUCUCGGUCCAUUACUCCCUGGUACACCACUCGUUGUUCUUAAGUACAAGAGCCAGAUUCGCGUCUACGGCAUUUCCAAGUAUACCAAAAGGAAUGAGAAUAUCGUUCUCUCCGUGAGCCCAUCUACUGCAGGUCUUGAUCUUACCACCAACAUUAACGCCUUGGCGGGUACCGGUGAUGGCCAGAGACAGGGAUGGCUAUAUGAACUUGAGGACAAACCAAUCGGAAGGACAGUAAAGGAAUACGCGCUUGAAGGAGAUGGCUCUAGAGUUGGAAAGGCAAAAGAUGUGCCACUCGACGGCGUCGGCAAGCAAUCGAGCAUCUCUGCCUUCUAUCAUAAGAAAGGCAACCGUCGUUACGUUGUUUAUCAAGGAUCGGACAACUAUACCCUCAGAUGGAAACCACUCAGUAGCAAGGCGGGUGAGGGUGACCUCUUCCCGGUGAGCUUCGUGGGUACUACUGCCAUGAAAAGAAAUACGCUACAGGGCUGGACGACACAUGCGGGUUGUGCAAUUGAGGACAGCGCUUUCCUCUUCUAUGUUGGGUCAGAGACUUUGACUGCUCAAGAUGUAAAGGAGGAGUAUAGCAACUUGUAUGUCGUUCGGACUAACUUCACCAACCCUGGACAGGAGACGCCGCAGGAUCUUAAUCUGGGUGUUUUGAAAAACGGGGCAUUGAGUCUCGUACCUAAGGUCAAUGAAGAGGGAACCUAUGAUAUCGUCGUCUUCUAUAUGGCAGCCGGUGAUAAGGGGGACCGCCUUCUCUCCAACUACGUCUACACCACCGAUAUCCCAGCCCCAGUUAAGGCUUAA